AGUCGAAGACGUCGCAGAGGACGACGUCGCCACGGCUAACCUGGCUUCUCCGAAGAACAUCUCAGCGGAUACAUAAGUUGAGCGCUAGCGCUUACAGAACAGUAAGCAGGAAAAGCUUUACCUCUCGCAGCGUCGUUCUCUAGAGCAAAGUUCUUUCGUGGAUUCGCUGGUCGCACGAGGCUCUAACUUCGGACCACUGAUUCGACAACCAUGUCUUCACAGUCUCGCGAAAGACAGAUUUCGGGGGAAUCGAUUGCGGCUCCCAGCUACGACGAGUCACACGAAGAUGAACCUCUCAAGCCAUCCAAGCCGUCCUCCAACCCUCUGCCUAGAGAGUUCUGGUUUGUAAUACUCAUAAUGUGGGCCGAGCCCAUCUGCGGAACGGUCAUCUAUCCGUUCAUCAACGCUCUCGUUCGCGAGACCGGUGUCACUCAUGGCGACGAGGCCAAGACGGGGUAUUAUGCCGGCGUGAUUGAAUCGUUGUACUUCGUAGGAGAGAUGAUCUCCGUCGUCGCCUGGGCCAAACUCUCGGAUCGUUACGGAAGGAGACCCAUCCUGCUCUGGGGCCAGCUCAUCCUCGCAGCAUCCUUGUUCAGUUUUGGCGCCUCUAAAGCCUUUUGGCAGCUUUUCGUCAGUCGUUUGAUACAAGGCAUUGCCAAUGGUAAUAUUGGCGUUACAAAGUCGGUCGUGGCUGAAGCCACAGAUUCGACCAACCGUGCCAGGGCCUUCGGUGGUAUUCCUUUGGUGUGGGCUAUUGGUGUUACUAUUGGUCCUUUUAUAGGUGGUUACUUUGCGAACCCAGCAGAUCACUGGCCGGCGCUUUUUGGUCGAUAUCGGUUCCUCGUAACCCACCCUUAUUUUCUUCCCUGUGCCGUGAUGGGCCUAAUGGUCUUCAUUAUCUUUAUAAUCGUCUUCAUCGGUCUGAGAGAGACGUCUCCCAUUAUUCUCAGGCGCAAGGCACGCGAGUCAAAAUCUGCGUCCUCAACACCCAUCGAGACCGAGCGCAGCCACUUGCUUGAUCACCAAGAGGGUUUCCACUACAACGGCGCCGAGCCCCUCCCACUUACUCUUCCUACCCCCGAACACGAACCUCGCUCAGCGUCAAUUCGCGAAGUCUUCGGCGAUCGCAACGUCGCGAUCCUUCUCCUCAACAUGGCCUUCCUUGCCUUCUGGGGACAAUGCCAGGACGUCCUCCUUCCCCUCAUGCUCUCUACCUCCGUACCGCUCGGUGGACUCGGCUUCGAUCCUCGUACUAUCGGUCUCAUCAUGGGCAGUAUGGGGCUUGCGAACGGAUUGAUCAUCUCCAUGUUUCUUGCGAGGGUGGUGGAUAAGUACGGGGCGAGGACGGUUUAUGCAACAGCCUAUAAGGGGAUGCUGUUCGUCUUCCCGGCAUAUCCUCUACUGAAUUGGUUGGCUGUGAGGGCUGGAGGGCACGCCAAUUGGUCUGUAUGGACUUUACUAGUCCUCCAACUUUUCUGCGCUAGCGCGCCAUAUGCCUGUUACGGGACUAUAUACAUGCUGUUCAUCGACCAUACUACCGAUGAAGAGCUCGCUACAGUCAAUGCCCUCGGACAGAUGAUAAACUCAUCAUUAAGGUCCUUAGCGCCCGUGUUCGCCACCUCGCUCUUCGCGGUCAGCGUUGAAAAGCAUAUACUCGGAGGGACGCUAGUAUUUUGGAUCUGUUCUGCGGGAGUUGUAAUGGCUGUUUGGGUGACGACUAAGAUCCCGAGGAGCGGCAGUAAACGUUGCGAGUAGGCAACUUCGAUGUGGGGAUUCGGAAAACGAUGUCGGGUGCGAGGUUAUUUUCCCUUUCUACGUAGAGUGUUUCGCAAAGUGCUUGGACUUAUAUCCCUAGACAGAUUGCAUGAUGAUAUCUCCCACCAAAAUUGUAGCGGCAAGCCAAAGGAUUCUGUACUAGCCCGUUAACGAAACGGCUAAAGCCACAAUAAACAAUUGUA